AUCGGGUUUGUUGCGAUUGCAGUGUAUAAGUGGGUAACGUUUGGCAUCGAGCCGGUUUCUCAAAUAUGAUUGUUAGGAAAACGUCAAGUGGAAAAAACACCGGGCGCAACGUGACGCCAAUGAGAGCUGCCCCAUCCUACGAUUUCCAAACACAUGGGGCUAAACGCAGUCGAAGUGCUCGCAGAGGUCGCCAGCUUUCUAAGUUAAAAGCACGUGGAUGCAACAAAGACAGUUUCAGAGUAAUAAAGGCAGGUGGAAGAUCUUGUCCAAAUGGCGAGUCUGUGAUUUCAGGAUGCGGGAGAGAUCAUGCUGAGCAGGGCAUGCCGACUGACAGUGCCUCCAAGGACUUCAGUCAGGACUCCACAAGUAUAAUGAUGCCCUCUGGUGUUUCUAGUUUCCUUUUGGAUUGUCUAGACGUGGAUUCUCCAGGUUCAAACACAGACAUGACACUUUCAUCCAUCGAGGAGUUUCGCAGAGCUGACAAUUAUGACGAGGGGACGGCUUUACCUGGUGAAGAUGGGAUGAUAAACAUGGUAAAAAACUCAACUCUUCUAGAUCACAGCCAUGCACAGGAUCUAGCGCUGCAGCAGCCUCCAAACCUCUCCUCUAUUCUUGAGCUAUCAUUAGACCCUGCUGAAGAGAAAUCGUUUUCUUUGUCACCUAUUUGCCUCUCUCCGUUGUGUGUGCCCUCUGAAACCUUGGCGUCAGAUAUUGCAUCAGGAAGUGUGUCAAAAUCCGCUAAUGAGAGAACGCCUGUGAAUACUAGGGUUGUAGUUCUUUCCCCUGUUGUGAAAAAGGGUUUUGCAGGAAAGGAGAAGCCAAUAAAAUGCAGAAAAGUGACGUUCAGCGAUAUUGUGAGCAUUCGAAAUGUAUCGAGCCGUAAAUGUAGGAAAGCAGACCAGCAGGACUCUGGAUUAAAGCUGGGUAAAGCAGGUGGAAGCAAGCCAGCAGACAUUUCCUCACAGCCUGUGAAAUUUUUUGACUUUGCAAAUGAGCAUGAGAGAGAAGCCUUCUUCCAGAGACUCAAACAAACACGCUCAUUUAAGUUUCCUGCCAAGCCGAUCAUCUGUAUCUGAGAGGACUUCAGUUGAAACUUGCUGAUCAAUAUCUUUUUCUUGCAAGUUCAGAAGCCCAGAUAACAGGAUCAUAUCUGAGCAGCAGAGGGCAGCCAACAGUUACUACGUGCUUGAUUUACAUUUCUACAAAUAUUUGUAUUUGAAUGCAAUGGCCAAGCACAUUUUUAAGACCUCAAGAUGAAUGAAUACGCAUGUAUUGGGGUGAGACUCAAGAGCCCAAUAAUAUACCUCUUGGAAAAUAUACAUGUAAAGUGAAGGUAAACCGGAUCAAGUUAUUUAAUAUGUCCUUAACUUGUGAUUCUGAGUUCUCAAAAUGAGAAACCAAAAAUGCAUUACAGGGCCAGCCAAAGUGGGCCUUAAAUAUAGAUUUAAAUGGAAGUUAAUGAAAUGUAUUUAUAUUAGAUGUUUGUGUAAAAAAAAGAAUA